UCGUUAGGCAUAUCUUUCAUUGGCUGUUUCAUGCGUGAAUUGCCUACUGAUAAUGCCCUUAAUACCUGCAAAAAUUUACUAAAAAAAGGCGUUGAGGAAGGUCAUUUAUCUGCAAAAUAUAAACUCAUAUGUCAUUGUCAGUGUACAUCAACAGAAAGCCCAGGACGUAAACUUUAUGAAGAAAUACAAAAAUGGGAGCACUUUUAUAAAAUCGAAGACGAAGAGUGAAUAUAUUUUGGUGUUGUGUUAGUCAUUAAGAAUGCCAUAUGAUUGCCCUUAUUAGCGUUAUUAAUUUCGGAUUAGUAUAAUUUUGAAAUAUGUAUACAACACCAAUUUAUUAUU